CUGGUAGUGUGGCUUGAGCUUCAGCCACACGCUGUAAGAUUGAAGAGUUAAAAGAGUAGGAUGUAAGAAGCAGGCUGCAAAAUAUGUUGAGAGAGUCAAGAGCUGAUGUGCCCAGUAUUUGGCUCUAAUCGAUAGAUAUACACGCCUAAGGCCGCUAGAUUACAAAUGGUGAAUCCUCUGGCGGCACACUGGCAACAGCAUCGUACCGUAUCUUCCGUUACCAGAUCAAAUGUGGCGUGUGUGCCCGGGGACCCACUGAAAUUGCCAUCGACCUGAACGAACGCGACGGGGACAAGCACGACCAUACCCAUUGCCAUCAGUUGACGACAGACAACAACUUCUAUCGACUCCAAACUGGAAGUGGCCCACAUUUACCUCGUGAUACCGCACUCCUCGGAAUGAUGGCGGCGGAGGUGGCCAGCAAUGGCGCAGAUGUCUCGCGGCUCGAGGCCCUGGUCCGCGACAACGCUCGCAGGACGAAAUCCAUCUACACUAGCACAGCUCCCGACUCGUCGGCCCGAAAGCGGAUAAAGCUCGACCCCGGCCUGGCGUCCGAAGACCCAGAUAUCACGAAAACAGCCCUCUCCCUCCGCCUUCAUGCCGAAUACAACGACGUUCAGACCCUGCCAGAAGUCAUCGCAAAGAAGCUCCCGGCAGCCGGUCCGCGGAAGAAGAAGCCCAAGGCGGCCGAAGAAGCGCCGUCCAAGUCAGAAGAGCACGCGCGCAAGUUGAUAGAGGGCAUCCCGGCCAGAAAUGCAGCGGGCGCAGCGGGCGGCGCCAACUCCAGCGCCCUGGUGCUCUCUCGGAACCGGCCCGCUGGCGCUCAGCCCGCAGGCGGCAAGCCCCAGCAGCGCAACGAACCACAGAACAUGAGUCUCACCCGGCGGCCAGACAGCAUUCUUGCGCAGCCGCGUCCCGAUUGGCAUCCGCCGUGGAAGCUGCAGCGCGUCAUCAGUGGGCACCUUGGCUGGGUGCGGGCGUUGGCGAUAGAACCGAACAACCAGUGGUUCGCGUCCGGCGCGGGUGACCGGACUAUCAAGAUCUGGGAUAUGGCGUCGGGUCAGCUACGUCUGACGCUGACCGGGCACAUCUCGACAGUGCGCGGGCUGGCGGUCUCGCCUAGGCAUCCGUAUAUGUUCUCGUGUGGUGAGGAUAAGAUGGUCAAGUGCUGGGAUUUGGAGACGAACAAGGUGAUUAGGCAUUAUCACGGGCAUCUCUCCGGCGUCUACACCCUCAAACUGCACCCCACGCUCGAUGUCCUGGUCACCGGCGGCCGCGACGGCGUUGCCCGGGUAUGGGACAUGCGCACGCGGAGUAACGUGCACGUGCUGUCUGGCCACACAGGCACCGUCGCGGACCUCGUCUGCCAGGAGGCCGACCCGCAGGUCAUCACAGGCAGCCUGGACUCGACUGUGCGCAUGUGGGACCUGGCGGCGGGCAAGACGAUGGGGGUGCUGACGCACCACAAAAAGGGCGUUCGCGCACUGACAACGCAUCCGACCGAGUUCACGUUUGCUACCGGCAGCACGGGCAGCAUCAAGCAGUGGAAGUGCCCCGAAGGCGCCUUCAUGCAGAAUUUUGAGGGUCACAACGCGAUCAUCAACACGCUUGCGGUCAACGACCGGAAUGUGUUCUUCUCGGGAGGUGAUAAUGGUUCGAUGAGUUUCUGGGAUUGGAAAUCGGGCUACCGGUUUCAGGCGCUGGACACGACGGCGCAACCUGGUUCGCUUGAUGCCGAGUCCGGUAUUAUGAGCUCUAUUUUUGAUUUGUCGGGUUCGAGGUUAAUAUGCGGCGAAGCCGACAAAACCAUCAAAAUAUGGAAGGAGGAUCCAAAAGCUACGCCAGAAUCACACCCGAUUGACUGGAAGCCGACAUUUGCGAAGAGGAAGUUUUAGAAGGCGCAUAGGAUUUGAUAUCCGGGCCAUGGUUGGCGUUCUCGAGCUGUAUUGGGCGGACGUGGUAUGC